AUGACUACUCAAAAAGCUGUUAUCAUCACUGAGCCCAAGACCGAGGGUCUCGUCACCGAUCGCCCCAUCCCCAAGCUCCGCGAUGACUACCUCCUCGUCAAGAACGCCAGCGUCGGCUUGAACCCCACCGACUGGAAGCACAUUGCCUACCUCUCACCACCCGGUGUUCUGGUCGGAUGCGACUAUGCAGGCACCGUUGAGGCCGUUGGCAAGGACGUCAAGAAGAAGUUCGCCAAGGGUGACCGCGUCUGCGGAUUCGCACACGGCUCCAAUGCAGUCCAGCCUGAAGACGGUACCUUUGCCGAGUACAUUGUUGUCAAGGGUGAUGUCCAAUGGAAGAUCCCUGAACACAUGAGCUUCCAAGAAGCCGCCACCCUCGGAGUCGGCAUCAGCACUGUCGGCCAGGGCCUGUACCAGAGCCUGAAACUCGCACUUCCCACUGAGCCUAUCAAGGACGCGACCCCAAUCCUGAUCUACGGCGGUUCCACCGCCACUGGAACCCUGGCUAUCCAGUUCGCCAAGCUCUCCGGCUACAAGGUCCUGACCACCUGCUCUCCUCGCAACUUCGAUUUGGUCCGCAGCCUUGGCGCAGACGAGGUCUACGACUACAAGGACCCCCAGGCCGCUGCUCAGAUUCGCAAGGAUACCGACAACAAGCUGAAAUACGUCUUCGACUGCAUUUCACUCGAGUCUAGCGCUGCCUUUGCUGACAACGCUCUCUCGACCGAGGGCGGCGAGUACAGCGCUCUCCUGAACGUUAAGAUUGCCCGUGCUAAUGUGAACGACCGUUUCACACUUGGAUACACCACCCUCGGCGAGGCAUUCAAGUUCGGCGAUAUCCCCUUCCCUGCCAACCCUGAACACAAGGCUUUCGCUGAGAAGUGGAUCUCCAUCGCUGAGGUCCUGCUUGCCGAUAAGAAGAUCAAGGUUCACCCCCCUAGAGUCGGCCAGAACGGUCUCAAGGGUGUCAUCGAGGGCCUGAAACUUCUCAAGGAGGACAAGGUCAGCGGUGAGAAGUUGGUCUACAACGUCUCUGAGACCCCAUGA